UUGCUGCCUCCAAAGUGCCUGGGGACUGAUGUGCUGGAGUGCCAGAGAGUAAGGCAGCAUGAGACGCCAACUGGAAAAGCAGCUUCUCUUCUUCUCUCUUCUCUGCAUCCUUUCCAAGGUCUGUACUCAGCUCUGCCGGACACCAUGCUACUGCCCCUGGAUCCCACCCCGCUGCCCUCCCGGCGCCCCUCUGGUUCUGGAUGGAUGUGGCUGCUGCAGGAUCUGCGCGCGACGGCUGGGAGAGCCCUGCAAUUACCUCAAUGUGUGUGAUCGGAGCCAGGGCCUCAUCUGUGAUUACAGUGAUGACCACCUGGGGAGAGGAGGAACCUGCAACUUUGAGGAGGAAGACGACAGCUGCGAGGUGAAUGGAAAGGUCUAUCGAGACGGUGCGGUGUUCCAGCCCAGCUGUAAGAUCCGGUGCCGCUGCUCAGACGGAGGCUUCACCUGUGUACCCCUCUGCAGCGAGGAUGUCCGCCUUCCCACUCCAGACUGUCCCCAUCCGAGGCGUGUGGAGGUCCCAGGGAAGUGCUGUCAGGAAUGGAUCUGUGAGAGGCAAGAUACUCACUUCCUUCAGGAUGCCAAGCCAGUGCUUAGGCCGCCUGGGGCUGCAUCAGCAAGCUUAUCCUACUUCUGUGAAGAAUGGAGCACAGAGUGGAGUGCCUGCUCUGCAACCUGUGGCAUGGGGAUUUCGACACGGGUGUCAAACCAGAAUCGGUACUGCAGGCUCGAAACUCACCAACGUUUGUGCAUGGUCAGACCCUGCCAGGCUCUCCCAGGAACAUCUAAUACAAGGGCAAGAAGAGGUCGUUUGUAGCCCCUCCCACACCGUUCAGAUUUUGGAGUCAAGACUUCAUCCCAGCAGCCAGAUUGACCCAAGCCCAGGUCGCUAUGGUUGCAGCAGAAACGAGUGUUCUACCCCCAAUUAAGCUAGGGAAGAACUGACUGACUGCAGCUGCAAAGGAGGAUGAAGAAUCUGGAACAAGAUCCC